UUGUAUUUGGUUUUUUCUAGAUCGUCGAAAUUGAUCAAAGGGAGAACCACCAUGUCUCUUCAAGAAAUUAGUCAUCUGCUUCGGAUCGAGGUCCGUGACGAUCACACUGUACUCGUUGCCGAAGCCGACGAUGGUAGUGGAGAGACUGCCUCUGAAAUUAUUCUCGACGAGGAGAUUGGUAACACGGAUGGUUAUUUCGUUCGCGGCGACGGCAACUUCACACAAAGCGCUGGAGACAUCGAGUUGGACUCCCGGGACGACGGUCCUUGGUUGACUGCAACGCUCAAUAAUGUCGAUGGAGAACCGGGAGAGCCGCAGGGUAUCAACUUGGCUCACCAUAUUGAGAGCCAGGAUGGUCAGCUUGUAUGGGUUGACCCGAAGGAAUAGGCUCAUAAGUUAUUAGGGUACUAAGAGGAGACAGCGGCCUGUCUGUUCUAUAUUAAUCCUGUAUUUUUCUAGAUCAUUAUCUUCCUAUAAAUCAAGCAACCUAGUUCAUUACAAUGUUAUCGCCGAUCAUGCCUGAAAGUGUAAUAAUACAACCGUGCGGAGAACUGCAAGCCUGUAUGGCAUGUGCAUACAAUGUGAAACCAGAUACUCUGGCUAUUUGCAAAACGAAUAAUAGUCUAAGCUUCAUAUGAAUAUCGCAAAAAAGAAGCCAAUAUGUGUAC